ACUAUCAAAACCAAGAAGAAGAGCACAGAUUCCUAAACUGUUCCCUCACCACAUUCAAUCAUUUCCCGUGCUCUUCUUCUCCUCCCCCCAAUCUCUCUCUACUCUCUGAUUAUGGAUUAGACUUGUUCCCUUUUUUUUUUUUUAAUUUUAUUUUUUGAUAACCUUAGAAGGCCUCCAAUUUACCCAAACUUCAAUCUUACUAGCCUAAAUUUCUCGAACCUUCCACUCGCCGGCUGGGAUCCCGAGACCGGCUGAUCUGCGGCCCUGAUUGGGUCAAAUUUCAACAGGUUUCACGUGGAGGCUGGAGCACCUGAUAAUCCCUCUGCUACGAGGCAGUUUUUCUGCUCGAGCUCUGAAAUGAAGGCUUGGAGAUGAUUUGGUGUACUUAUGCUAUGAUUAUGUGUUAGAUGGAAGGUUCUUUAAGCAGGAUAAAUUGCAUCAUGACUUUGGACUUAAUUUCAGGAUUUCAGUUAUAUCUUAAUUAUACCUGAAGCUUGAAUCAAGUGUGCAUCUGGCAAGCUAAUGCAGGGUAUGAAACAAUCAGCAGCACGUAGCAUUUUUUCAAGUUUGUGGUCAGUUGCAGUAAUGGCACUUUGAGUUGAUCUCUUCCUGUUUCUGUUCGAACUUCCAAAGCUCAAAUGGUUUCUUCAAGAGAAGGUACAGAUGAAUUUGCUUCUGAUGAAUUACAGAAAGGACAGAGCCCAGAUGAUGGCAGUCACAUGAUACAACAGAUUGAUGAUAGCGGAAUUCAUAUAUCACAAAAUGAUGAAGUCACACCUGUUACCACUGAGAAGUCUCUGCUGGAUACUAAUCCUGGGGCCCAUAUAUCACAGUUAAAUAAAGAAGGAAGUGUCUCCUCUGUAAUACUGCAUAAAGUCUUACUUACCCCUGGCACUGGCUCCAGUGCCUUGCAAUCUGGUCAGGAAGGAAGAACUUCUAUUGUACGUGAAAAAGCGUUAGAAGAUGGAUAUCAUUGGCGAAAAUAUGGACAGAAACUUGUUAAGGGAAAUGAAUUCAUUCGGAGCUAUUACAAAUGUACACAUCCAAGCUGUCAAGUGAAAAAGCAAUUGGAACGCUCACGGGAUGGCCAGGUUGCAGAUAUUAAUUACUUUGGUCAGCACGAUCAUCCUAAACCUGAACAUAAUCUUCCACCAGCGGCUGGGCUCAUGCUGUCCGUUGUUGAAGAGAGAGGUGAUGAACCUUCAUCAACUGGCACAGAAGAAGAUCAUGCACCUCAUCCACUCAAGUCAACAAGUACCUCCCAGAUUUUGGUUGGUACAACAAGUGAGGAUGUAAAAGGUGCACUGUCAGAAUCAAAUAAGAUAAGAGAUGAGGUUGAUAAUGAUGAUGAUCUACGCCCAAAACGACAGAAGAAAGGCAACUGUAAUGUUGAGCCUGCUGUUGCAGAUAAGCCAACUAAUGAACAACGUCAUGUCAUUCAAACUUUAAGUGAGGUAGAUAUUGUGAAUGAUGGAUACCGUUGGCGCAAAUAUGGGCAGAAAUUGGUUAAAGGCAAUCCAAAUCCAAGGAGCUACUACAGGUGCUCCAGUCCUGGAUGCCCCGUUAAGAAACAUGUAGAGAGGGCAUCUCAUGACCCAAAAGUGGUUAUAACCAGUUACGAGGGACAACAUGAUCACGAUAUGCCUCCUUCAAGGACAGUAACUCAUAAUGCAACUGGUCUAAGCACAUAUACUACAAACAUCCACAUUGGUGAAUCAGGCAUUAAAUCAGGAGGGAGUGAUGGGAUUGUUCACAAGAGUUUGGAUCCAAGUGGAAACUCAGAGGAGCAACUGAAUAGCGAGUUGACAUGUAAAUCUGAAGGAAAUGGUGUUAGUGGCUCUGAUAUGGUCAUCCAUUCAGGUUCUGGUGACGACAAUGGUAAAUCAAAUGUGCCGCAGAAUGGCAAGUCAAGUGCUAUAGAAGGAAGUGAUGCUGCUGUGGUGGAUACGGUUGUCAAUGCCAGUUCGGUUUCUGGAUGUCGAUCAAUCGAGCAACAUGAUCGUGAGUCAAGAAAUGAAUCGAAAGUGAACUGUGCUGCUUAUAGUGGUCAUACUAUUACUCCGGGGCCAGAAACUAAUCCCAAUGAGCAACACAUGCCCAAUGCAGAACCUGUCCAAAGCUAAUUGAAACAUAUUUUUUUUGGGAGAUGGGAAAGCACAUCCAGCUAUGUAAAUUAUUAUAAUAGAUCAAAUAUAUCUUUACAGAUGUGUAGGGUCUCAGAGAUCUAAUGUAUAACAAACUUUAAUUUUUUACUGCAUUCUUUGUUUCGGUAACUUACUCUGAAUUAUUUGUGCUUGGAGAGUCGAGUUGGCUUCAAACAAUCUGAUUGGAAAGAUGAUUCCAAUUUCCAAA